GGUCAGGGCUGGGCAGCCCCUCGGGGUGUCCGUGCCCAGGGUGGUGUCCGAGUUUGGGGUGUCCUAGGGGAAGCCAUGGGGGUACAAGAGCCCCGAGCAGAGGCGGCCCCUCCGCGGAGAUCCCCCCACCCGCCCGUGGGCCCUGCGCCUUCCCAGCUCUUCUGGCCCCCGGCAGGCACCGUAGCGGCGCUCGCCGGGGCGGGGCGGGGCGCGGGCAGGUAAGAUGGCGGCGGGGGCGGCGGCGGAGGCCCAGGCGCGCUUCGGGCACUCGGUGAAGGGGCUCCUGACCGAGAAGGUGACGAGCUGCGGCACGGAUGUGAUCGCCCUCACCAAGCAGGUGCUGAAGGGCUCCCGCAGCGCCGAGCUCCUGGGUCAGGCUGCUAGAAACAUGGUGAUGCAAGAAGAUGCCAUCCUGCACUCAGAAGAUAGUUUAAGGAAAAUGGCCAUAAUAACCACUCAUCUACAGUAUCAGCAGGAAGCAAUUCAGAAGAAGACCAGCUGAGUCACUUGCUGAAAUGAAGCACGGCUGAAGGCACAAGGAUAUCUUGACUGGCCCUGAGGGCAUCCAAGCAUCCUUUCCCCUCUGGACCCCAGGGUUCAGACCUAUAUCUGGAUGGUGCUGGAUGUCAGCUGGAAUAUGUGUGGAGUUCGUGUUUCUGAGCAUGUGGGCCCCUCUCAUGUGCCCCCAUCCACGUCUCUGCUCCAGAACGCUCGCCUGCUCACCUGCAUCGAACUGAAAGUUACCUGAAACUUUACUCCCCCCAACAAUUCCUGCAUCUGCUUACUUCCCAUGUAGUGUGAGGUGCUCGCUCCACACCAGCACUGCAGGUACCAGUGUCAUUCAGCUAAUGAUCACUGGCCAUGUGCUUGAGAUGGUUUGCCAGCCCAGCCCAUGGCAUGUGAUAUUCUUUCUGGCCAAAGUAAUGUCUUUCCUGGCUACAAGACAACUUUCCUUCCUGGAAACCUCUGCUCAGUUAGGAGCCAUCUCCUGUGAAAUGACGGAAGAGUGCUGGUCGUGCCUGCCUGGGACCAGCAGCUAUAGAGCCAGAAGUUUCAUAAAGUUGUGUCCACUCCCCCCCAACCCUGCAAGAAAUGCAUAAAGUAGAGCUGUGGAUUUUAAA